CAUUCGAAAGUGCUUUACGCGAAGGGAAUUAUUAAAAAUCGUAAAAUGCUGACACAAUCGCAGUAUGAUGAUUACAAAUUCGUAUGUCGGCUCGAUCACAUCAAAACCUUCCACGCGGCCAUCAAAUCUAUUUGCUUCAGUGAUUUCGGUACGUUGCAAGCUAGUGAAGAAGGAUUGCUUAUCACUGUGGAGCAGGGUAAAUCCAUUCAGGCAACAAUAUUUAUUUCUCCCUCAUUUUUUGCGGAAUAUCACAUUCAAGAUUCCCAGAGUUUCAGCAUUAAAAUCAAUGUGUUAGCAGAAUGUUUAAGCCUCUUCGGCUUGGCUGAUUGUGGCAUUAAAAUGCUGUACAAAGGCGAGGGUUCGCCACUACUUAUUUUGUUGGAGCCCCACGAUGAUGAACAAGUCAGUACAGAGUGUGCCAUCAAAACCACCAAUGUGGAGGAGCCCAUGGAGUAUGAACUGGACUCAAAUAGUUCCAGUUUGAAUACGAUAUUUAUGCGUGGUCCCGACAUGUCGAAUAUUUUCCAUGAACUGGACAAGGCAGCCGAGGAAUACGAAUUGACGAUAUCGCCAUUAAAACCGCAUUUCAAGAUUGCCACGCUCGGUGUCAUGCAGGCGGAAUCCAGUGUCGAAGUGGCUAAGUCAAGUGACAUGAUUAUUUUGUUCAAUUGCCAUGCAACAACAGUAGCUCAGUAUAAAAGUCAACAGAUACGCUUAACCAACAAGGCAUUGCAGGUGGCCACUAAGGUGGCCAUAAAAACCGAUGCCAGUGGUCUGCUGGAGAUGCAUUUCAUGAUGCAGUCGGACGCUCAGGAGGAAAUGUAUGUGCGUUUCUUCAUCACUCCAUUGUUGGACAUCAGUUGAAAUGGCAUUGUUUUUAAACGAUCUGGCAUCACUCACAAGUUUUGUUCUUAUUGUUGCUGCCUGCGCUAUAAGCAAAAUGCGUUUAAGAUUAUUGUAUGCGGAGCGUAGCUCGUGACGAAUAAAACUCUUUAAAUUCA